CAGAGGACAUGACACAAUAACCACUCCGAGGCUCUAGUGGGCAGCUGCCGGUCUACACAAUAGAACAUUGCUUGGGCUAAUCUGGAAACCUUCCGUGUGGCUCACCAAACUCUCCAGGCAGAGCCCUGAGCGGCUGCAGCCACUCCACCUGGACUUUGCAGCCCUGGGUCCUAGACACUGCAGCCCGCUGGCUCGGCACUGGGCAGGACCGCGGGGCCAGGCUGGAGGUGGAGGGAGGAAGUGCCCAGGAGGGCUAUGACAUCACCGCCCAGCCCUUGAAAGAUGAGCUGUUCCCGCUGCCACUCCAGCUCCGCUCGUCUCUGGCGGCUUCUCAGAGGGGCAGGGACGUCGGGCGGCCCCGCUGGACCAAGGGAGGAACUGAGACCGGCGCGCGGCUUGCUUCAGACAAGCCCAGCCGAGGCCUCACUCACGUCCCUCUCUGAGGCCAAAUGUUCUCAGCCUGGAGGAGACCAAUGUUCCUGUCUGUUCAUGAGGACUCUGUGCCCGUCAUGGCCUCUUCCAGCGCCGAGAUGCUCAACCUCACCUCGCAAGUGCUUGUGCCCGCUCUCAACGGGACCCUCUCGCAGAGCAGCCCGUGCUCGCCCUCCGAGUGGGUGAGCUGGCUCAACGCCAUCCAGGCGCCCUUCCUCUGGGUCCUGUUCGUGCUGGCGGCACUGGAGAACCUCUUCGUCCUCAGUGUCUUCUGCCUGCACAAGAGCAGCUGCACGGUGGCGGAGGUCUACCUGGGCAACCUGGCCGCGGCGGACCUGAUCCUGGCCUUCGGGCUGCCCUUCUGGGCCGUCACCAUCGCCAACAACUUCGACUGGCUCUUUGGGGAGGUGCUCUGCCGCGUGGUGAACGCCGCGGUCUACACAAAUCUCUACAGCAGCAUCUGCUUCCUCAUGCUGGUGAGCAUCGACCGGUACCUGGCCCUGGUGAAAACCAUGUCCAUGGGCCGCAUGCGUGGGGUGCGCUGGGCCAAACUCUACAGCCUGGUGAUCUGGGGCUGCACGCUGCUCCUGAGCGCGCCCAUGCUGGCCUUCCGGACCAUGAGGGAGUAUGCAGACGAGGGCUACAACAUCACCGCCUGCAUCAUCGUUUACCCAUCCCGCACCUGGGAGGUGUUCACCAACAUCCUCCUGAACUUCGUGGGCUUCCUGCUGCCCCUGUGCGUCAUCACCUUCUGCACAGUGCAGAUCAUGCGGGUGCUGCGCAACAACGAGAUGCAGAAGUUCAAGGAGAUCCAGACAGAGAGGAAGGCCACGGUGCUGGUCCUGGCCGUACUGCUGCUGUUCGUCAUCUGCUGGCUGCCCUUCCAGAUCAGCACCUUCCUGGACACGCUGCUGCGCCUCAAAAUCCUCUCCAGCUGCUGGGAUGAGCACGUCGUCGACGUCCUCACGCAGAUCGCCUCCUUCGUGGCCUACAGCAACAGCUGCCUCAACCCGCUGGUGUACGUGAUUGUGGGCAAACGCUUCCGCAAGAAGUCGCGGGAGGUGUACGGGAGGCUGUGCCAGAAAGGGGGCUGCCUGUCGGAGCCCAGCCAGACGGAGAGCUCCAUGGGCACGCUGCGGACCUCCAUCUCGGUGGAACGCCAGAUUCACAAGUUGCCGGAGUGGGUGGGGAGCGGCCCACCCUCGGGGAGCAGCAGUGGGAGCGGACGUCCCCAGGGCUACGCUGAUUCGCGUGAGGACUGACGGACAGGUGCUCUUCAGGAUGCGCCUAAGAAGGAAUGGAAGGCACCCCACGUGUGACCUCGGGCGACGAGGAAGUGUCUCCAUUAAAACACAGGAGCAGAGUUUGUGCCCUGCCCAAGAUGCAGUGAGCAAGGCUGUGAGGAUGGGUGACCCUGUGCACCGCAAGGGCUCCAUGAAAACGACGGCAUUAUCGUCUUAUCUGCUGCCACCCCUGGGCAACUGUGCUCCCUCCUAGGACUGGAGAUGGGGAGAGGUGUGACUGAGCCUUCCUCCCACGUGGCGUCCCCCCUGCCCCAGCACGACAGCUCAGAUCUCCAGGAGAACUGCCACCCCGGCUUUGGUGUGGUGGCUGAGCCCACGCACGGGGCCUGGCUGAAUUUUCGCCUGAGGUCUCUUCAGUCCUCUCAGCUAGCACUUCAGAGGAUGAUUUCUCGGAUUGAUGAAGGUUAAACCCUGGGGGUCCCUUCCCUGGGAGGAACCCAGAGACCAAGAUUCUGUUUCUCCCCUCGCCCAUGGACAAGGUGCAGCCUGAGCCAAAGAAAACCCAAUAAGCACUGAUCCAGCACUUGCUGUAUAUGCAGCAUUGAGCACUGUGGGCAGGAGGGAAAACAGAGACGUUGCAUCUUCAUCUUGAAGGAACUUGCAGACUCCUGUGGGGACGACAGCGCAUGUGCCACCCCCAGCAGGCUGUUCUAGGACUGGUCCAGCGCGGCCCUGUGGGCAGCGCAGGGGCAGAGGGAGAGAGGCCGGAGCCGGCUCAGCUAUCAACUAGUUGCACAUUGCCUUGUCUCUGCCUCAGUUUCCUCCUCUGUAACAUGAGGUCGUUGGAGCACUUGGAAAAGCGAAAGAUGCUGUGCAUAUGUGAGGCUUUAUUAUGCGCACAGAACAGAGAUAAAUUUCUUUUCAGGAAAAAGACACUGGUGUGGCAUAACUCUGCAGAGGAGAAUGCCAAUUGUAGCUAAUGGUUGUGUAAAGCACCUAUCAAUGUCUGUCACAUAGUAGGCACUCAAUGGUAUUAGUUUCCUGCCAUCUUUCUUUCCCGUCACUCUGCACCCCCCCCCCAACAGGUGCACGCGCAGGCAUCUUGGGGGAAGGCCACCCCCUCACCCUUUGAUCUGUGAUGAGGCAGAGAGAUUUCUGAUCCAACAGGCCCAGGGGAUCCCAGGGCUCAGAGCCUCAGCAACGGAGGGGGCCAAACCCAGGUUUCUCUGAGGGUGGCCCGGUGGGGGCCACCCCGGGGCAGCAGACCAGUGAUCCAGGCACGAAGGUCAUUUACCUCAAAGCAUUGCUCCCAGGACCAACCUCCCUUACACAGCGGGCUGAGCGCCUCAUGGGUGUCACCCUCAUCCCUGGGCCAGCAAGGCCUGUGUCCCGGAUGGGGUGCCUGGGUCCAGGUGCACGUGACCGUUAGGAAGCCCUGGGGACAAGGCCCCACACGAUGAACAGGUCCACGCUGAACAGAGAUGGAUGGACGCCCUCCUCAGGUGGCCUCCCCGCUGACAGCUUGCCGGUAGAACCAGCUGCCGAGGGGCCGCAGCUCCGCCUCCGGGGGGGCGGGGCAGGGCGGGGCGGCCAGUGAUGGGCGGGGCGGAGGGCCGGUCCAGGUGUCAGGCAGGAGGAAGCUGGACCAGCAUCCUCCGUGAGAGACUUAAGAGACAGCCCUGCCCCCAAGCCCCAGGUCCUUUAGGGGGAAUUCGUUUCAUCUUCUACACGUCUUACAAUCCACCUCCUGUGGCCGGCACCGUGCCGAGCCCCUCGGGGAGAUGUGGAGGACGCACCACCCAGGCUCCAACAUCAGGCCGCUUUGAACCAAAGCAGGGAGGGGCCCUCAGCAGCAACAGAGUUGGGAACCACGCAGGACAGUAAGACAGGCAGUGCCCGGGCAGCACUCACUCGCUCAAUAAAAUAAAUGAGUAUUUAUUAGCGGGCUCUCCCUGGAGAGGAUAGCAGCUGGAGGACCAGGGCUUUGGGAUGGCAAAGAUCCCGUAAGUCCUGACCAAUCCAGCUCUGGAUUUUAAAACAGAGUCAAAAAAAGAUUUCCUCCCACCCUCCAGCCUUUUUCCCCCCUCCCCCCACACCCCUCUGCUCCAAUAAACUACACACUUGUAGCCGCAGAAAGAAAACGGGUGAAAUAAGAGGCAGGAAUGUUUAGUGUUAGAAUGAAGCUAACCAUGCACUAUUGUGAAUGAAAAAAAGGAGGCUGCGCUUUGUAAUGUGAAGCACUCAUUCAUCAGCGGGUGUGUGCUGGUCUGAGGGUCUCCUAUGAGCAGAGCCACGUUGCAGCCCUGGGCUCCUAGGGAUCAUUUAGGGGCGUCCAUGUGUGGUCUGAGGAGCAGUCAGUCUGUGGGAGGGGAGCCCCCUGGGGGUUGUGUUGAUACUGUGGCAAAGAUUAUCUGUCCUGUGAAAGACACAAAGAUGCUGCUACAUUGUAAAGAGGGAGCAUUUCACAUACAGUGAGAAAAUGGAUGUAAUGUGUCUCUUCUGUACAGCAUAAUAAACGGAUGAGGAGGUUUUGCA